AUAAAAAAAAUCUUUAUUUUCUUUAAUGUACGAAUUGCAGUAUACAUCGAAAUUUUUCUUCUAUUAAUAUUUAUGUAGACGUAUAAGAUGUCGAUAUAUCGGCGACAGCCAAUCUAAACUGUUACAGACGAGAAGUGUGGUUUAACGACAUUCUCGUAGCCGUGGUCCGCUCGAUUUUAAUUCUCGUACCAUAUACAUUCACACACACACGUAUAAUAUAUACGUGCCAUACACACAGAUACAGCGUCGCGCCGGCCGGCUGGCAGAGGAGCCGUCAGAGAGAUUGGAUGUGCGCGCGCAACCGGUAAGAUCAGCUACAAGGCAGUCAGCACUGAGCAUGCCUGCUGCCCCUUCUCCUCCCCCUCUUCGCGCGCUUCUUCCCCCACUCCGCCGACCUCACUACUACUUGCGCCGCGCCGUAGGUAGCCGAGUCGGUCAAUACUCCGGGCAACGCGGCGGUGAGAGCACGACGGUCGGUCGUCUGUGCACGCGCCGCUCACGUCGCACUUCACAUCGUUGAGAAACGUUUUCUCUCCGCUUCGCGCGUCCUCUCCCUUUUUCGUGUCGCGCGUGUAAUCUCGCCGUCGUGCUUUAGUUCAACAUUGUCAUUGUCGUCGUUGACGUUUCGACUCUCCAUGCAUCACGUCCGUCUGUUUCCAUCGCGGGCGCCGGUAGUGCUUUAACGUUUCAUCUCCGUGUGCACCCGUCACUGUGAACAUAGCAGCGGGACACAAACGGCGUAAGUACGUAUAUGUGCACACGCGGACGACGGGAGUGCGUAACACGGUGCAUAUCUACGCACGCGUAGAGACGCGCACAUCUCCGCAAGGAGGAGCGCGCGAGGGGGCGGCGCGCGCGACCGCCGAGUAGCGUCGUCGUCGUCGUCGUGUCGUCAUCGUCGUCGUCCUCGACGUCCUUAUGCCCUCGGUUCGUAUGCUCUUAUUCGCUCAUUAGUGUGCGGGACACCUGCGUGUGAGAACGGCGCGAAUGCGAUGUGAGAGCGAGAAAAACAUAUAUAUAUACAUAUAUAUAUAUGUAUAUAUAGAGAGAGAGAGAAAGAGUGCGCGGCAGGACGACUCUCGUCGAGGGACAGCGUAGUGAAGUUGGUGCAGGACGACUCGCCCGCGAAUUCGAAAGAAUUUUUCGGUGAUUCGCGCGAUCGGUGGGUGCGCUUGCAAGCGCGCAGCAAGAAAAAGAGGAGGACGAGGAAGAGGAGUGCGGUAUCCCAAGUGACAAGAUAAGCUAUGCGUCUCGGUGCGUGAUGGACAGGAGGCGAGCCUUCCCAACCAGCAGCGGCGGCGGCGGCGGCUUCUUCUCGAUCGGCAGACUCAUGGAUACGUGGAUAUUCUUCCUGUUCGUCGCCAUUGCCGACGUGGCGGCGUCAGUGGAGGUUCACUUCGAGAAUAAGGAUGGCGGAUUCUUCCUGAAGCACACGCAGCGACAAUAUUAUCCGGCCCGCGGCAUAUCAGACACCGUCCCGGCGCUGUCAACAAGCUCGUCGAGCAACAACAACAACAAUAAUAAUAACAACAAUGCGGCGAGCGCGGUACCAUCGCCGCCGCCGGGCUCCGUCCUCUCGAUCGACAAGUUCACCGUCUUCCAGACGAGCGAGCCGGUGUCGGUGCGGGCCACGUACGGGCCCUUCAGCACCAAGCAGACCGUGCCGGCGCGUUACAUAGUUCCCGAUCCGCUGGACGCGUUACCGGCACCGGAAACGCGACGCAAUCUCACGGCGGCGACGAUCCUGGACGCGCAGGAACUCGGCGCCCGUCACUUGGACAUGUCGGCCCAUCUGGUGGGCAACAGCGUGCCGCGCGACUCGCCCGUGCUCAGGGUGCUGUUCCACGCCGGCAGCGAGACCGGGGGUAGGCGUCAGGUGCUGAUGGCGCGCCAUCAGCGGGUCUGCGUGGUCCUGCACGCCAGUCUGGCCAGUCCGUCGCGCAGCAACGCGGGCAGAAUCAGCAAUGGACGCGGAUAUUCUUCUUCCUCGUCCUCCUCCUCUUCAUCCUCCUCUUCUUCAUCCUCAUCUACAUCUUCCGCGCUGACGGCCGCCUGCAGCCCCGACGGCGAAAACGGCGUGUGCCUCGCGCAAAUCACCAUACCGGCGGAUUGGUGGGCGCCGUUGCCGCCGCCCGAUGCCUCCGGUCGUGUCAAGGUCGCCAAGAGUCUGCCGCGAUUGAUCCAGGUCGCUUACUCCGUCCUAGAACCGCGUACGGAGGAAGGUGGUGGCGGCGGCGGCGGCGGCGGCGGCGGCAGCGGCGGCGGCGGUCUCGCCGGUGACGGCGGCGGCGGCGGCUCGGUCGACGGAUCGGGUUUCUGCAGGCCCAGGGUGCAGAUUCAACCCGUCACUCCUUUGGGUCAAGUGCCGCUGGCGCCGAACAGGGCGGAUUACAAGGAGCUAAGAGCGGACGACAUGCUUACGCUGCUAGUACCGCACGGGCCGCUCUAUCCGAGAUCCAGACUACACGUCCCGGCGUUUUUGCAUCCUGCCAAAAUAAUGGACCCGCGGCAGUUAAUCGUCGCUGUUAUCCUGAGAAUGAGAGUCAAGUCCGGGGUGAAAAUCCUGGAUGCCUCGUCCAGCAGUCCAGAUUGGAUUGUCCAGAGCGAUGUAAACGCGAAAAACACGGCCGCUACGUUUACAGCACGGCGCAAGGAGACGACAUCGCGUGUAAUAAGCACAUCCGCGGAAGAAAUAAUGACGAUGCUGUUAGAAGCCAGCGAGGACAGCAUGGACGGAAGCUGGGACGGCGGUAAAAUCGUAUGGAGCGUGCGUUACGAGUUCCAGGGCGAGGACGAGAAGGACUCACAGUUGACGGGCGUCGAUCAGUUGCAGCAGCGAAUGCAACAUCAGCUGCAGCAUCAUCAUCAUCAUCAUGCCGAGAAGCGGAAGCUGCAGGUGCGGCUGGAAAUACAGAAGGACGAUAUACAGGCGGUGCUCCCUAUCUCUAAGAACUGGGAGGUGAUGAAUACGGCGGUGCUGACGGGGCGUCAGGUGUCGCAGGGGAUGAAGGUUUUCAUCGUUAGUCAAGCCGGCACGGUGGCCGAUGUCACGCUGCAGUCGUCCUGUCAUUCCGAGGACGAGAGCGUUCUCAAGGUAUCGUCCUCGUGUAGCAGCGUGUACGUGGACGGUUCGGAGAUUCGGGGUUCCAGCAACGCGUCGGUCCUCGUCAAGUACGGCACGUAUACCGGUUUGGCGAGGUUCACCGUGUGGAUGCCCGAGUUUCCGUUGGAGGUGAGCGUCAGCGACACGCGACUCAGUCAGAUAAAGGGCUGGAAGGUGCCGGAGGAGCACGCGACGAGCGCCAAGAAUAAGCGCAGCCUGCUGAACGCGACGAGGACCGAGGAACAGUCUUCGGAAUCGCCGGUCACCGCGCGAGCGAAGAAAAGAAGCGCCAUCGAGCUCGAAGAAUUAAUAGAAGACACUUCUAUGGACAUGGACGAUCCGGACGAGCCGCUCCUCGAGGAGGAGGACGAGCACGAGGAGCGAUUCCGUGGUAAUGGAAACGAUCACGGAUGGGGGGAUACGAUCAAUUCCAUCGAUCGGAAUCUAUCCCCGGCCAAUUGUCGACUGCGCUUUCAGCAGAGCCCGGUCGAGGUGCACGCCCGAUUUCUGGCGAGUGAUCAUGACUCGGGCAGAGUCUCGUACUUUGUCAAUCGGCGCACCUGGCUGCGCGUCACCGACCUCGUGGCCGGCAUGCUACGAAUUUCCGAUCCCAGGAUUGCGACGCUCAUACAAAAUAGAUUGGUCCAGGGACGCGGGGUGGGACGCACGGAGGUGCAGGUACUAUCACCAAUCACUGGCAGAGUUAUCGGCGCGAAGGAAAUCAGGGUUGGCAACGAUCGGGUAUCCAUAAUACGGCUGUCUGUCCGAGUCGUGUCCGGACUUCAACUCAGUAUUAGUCCCGAUACCGCGAUCGAGAAUGGAUAUGUUGCGGAAACCUCGGUUACGAGAAGACUGACCGCGCAGUAUCAGGAAGGAUUGCUGGACAUUGACGUGGAGUUCUCGGACAAUACCCGUACGCCUUUAAGGGAGAUCGCCGUGAGCGAUUACCAUUUACAGGUUGAAAGCACGGAUCCGGAAGUCGUAGCGUUCGCACCGAUGGUCGCUUCGCAUCAUCCGCGGGUCAUUGCCGUUGGCGAGGGCCGCGGUGACUUACUGCGCGUCAAUCUUCAGCUGGCCGAUUCCUGCCGAUUAUCCGGCAGACGAUCGGGCAAGGGUUCUCAGAGGACGACGGUCGCCGCAUUGGCAAGUGCUACUGCCAAUGUCGAGGUGGAUUUCGCCUCGAGCGAGGUACCCAAUCGGCCGGAAUUUGUGCAAAACGACGGCGGCGGCACCGUUGGCUCCCAUCAUCAUAGAGAACGUAAAACCAACCGGGGCGAAAUGGCACCUGAUCUACAUGACAUUCUCAUCGGGUUACCGCUGAAAGACGAGAAAGACGGGCACAAGCACGAGCCUCUGGUGCAGGCGCGGCAGCAUCGCACGGCUAUAGCUAAUGGCAUGUCUUCAGGGGGUAUGGGCGGCGUCGGCGUGCGUCAUCACGGCGUCGGGGCGCGCAUGAGUCCGCUCGAGAUCGGGAUGUACGUGCUGCUCGCGGCGUUCUGCUUCGCGAUCGUUGUCUUUGUCGUCUCCUGCGUGGUGUACGCCAGCAAGUUCAAGCCUCAACCGCCAGACUCACCGGGACUCCUGACUGGCGCGACCGUACCGGUGCUCGCCGGAGCGGGCGCGAGGGCACGCGCCGCCGCGAAUCAACUGGCAUCCGGCAGACGACCGCCACGCGAAUCCACCACCAACGCACACGACUGGGUAUGGCUGGGUAGAGCUACCCUCGAGCGAGCCGCCUGCGGUCCGCAACAGGUUCGCGUAACAAGCAAUCCGCUGGCCGGCGAAGGGGAACCCGAAAAUGAACUGGGCACAUGCUUCGACAAUCCGAAUCACAUCGAGCUACCGUCCGCCAAUCAACAACGACCUAGCGGUACCAGCGCUAUCGACACUACAACUUAUUCUAAGAGGGACAGGGCAGUGCGGAAUAGUUUCGCGGCGAAAUCCGCGAUCAAGUCGUCCGCGAUGAUACCACCCAAUAACGCAACGACGACGGCAACAACGACGGCGGUGGUAACUCCGUCAAUAGCCACUACGCGGAAUGACAACGACGAUAUCCCUCCGCCUUUGCCACCUCACGGGGUGCUGCCCAUAAUUUCGACAUCGGUUGCGACAACGACGACGACAACGAUGACAAUCGGCACGAACAACGCGAGCAACGGCAACAACGAGGACUACAAACCACCGGUACCGCCGCAUAGAAACACGGGGGUUAACGUGCGGCUGCCGGAACCACCACGGAAACAUCGCCACAGGACGUCCAGCGGCGGCAGUGGCGGUGGCAGCCAUCACGGGAAUAAUCAUCGACAUAGCGGCAAACCGCCGCAGCAGUCGGGCCAUCAUAUGGUUAAACCGCACGCGGCGAAAACCAGAGCGGUGGAGAACGCGAACAAGCAGCAGAACGGCGAGGACGAAGAAUUCGUGGAACUGGUGGUGAAUCACGACGAUAGCAACAAACACCUCGCGAAGGACGCUGGAAGAUCCCGGGAGAUUAAGAGGGCGACUAUAGUCGGUAAUCCAAUGUACUCGUCCUUCUCCACAUCCGCUGUCGUUUCUACAGUGAACACGUCAACUCCUGUCGGCGGCACAGCCUCAUCUACCACCACGUCCCCGCCAUCAUCGUCGCCGUCCGCUUCCUGCUCAUCCUCCUCCUCGUCGUCCUCCUCCAGCUCCUCCUGUGCCUCGUCUUUCCAAGAACAGGAGGAGUCAGUGCCGCUUGACGAUCUUAAUCUAGGUAUGGACUACAACCAGAUCAUGCAAUACUUUGACAAUCUGAAGGAGUCGAAUGCCUAGGUAGGGCCGUUCGACCUCUUGGAAGGUCGAGCAGUAGUCAAUGUCGAUACGGAACACCGGAAUCCUCGUCAGUAGAUGCGAGUAAGCGCAUCAAGGUCUAAUUUUCUUUUUUUUUUUUUUUUUUUUUUUUUUUAAUGUUUGUCUCUUGAAAAUUCUCUCGGAGAAUUCUCUUUGUAGCGACAACUCGCGGAAAUGAAAUUCCGUUACGUACAAGGACGAUGAUUACCCGGGUAUUUCGUAUUUUAGAUUAUAAUCUAGUCAGCUUCCUAGCAGCACAUCAAGAGUAACGCGCAAACAUGCAUAAACACAUACGUACACACUCAUAUUAACGAAAUUAAGAGAGGUAUUACUCCUUCAUACACAAUUCAUAUACAGUCUCUUGACAAUUUAUUACGAUCGCUAACAGUUUUCGAGUGCGCAUUAGGUGAAAGUUCCUGAAGUAUGAUAUAAUUUGCGCCGUAAUAUAUUCGCGUCAAUACGUAAAUAAUGAUACGUAAAAUGUAAUGCACGCUAAAGAGAAAUUGUGUAUUAUAUCAAUACUUUAUAUUAUAGCCCCAAGCGAGGAGAUGCAUAUAUUCACUAUAUUUUUUUACCAUUUUUACAAAAUAUAUAUACACAUAUGUAUAUCAUUAUCCCAAAUGAUAUUCGAUCAAAUGAGUAUAUCUUUCUCAUUUUCGUUCGUUUUUGCUGAUUAAUACUUUUGCUAUUUCUAUUUGAAAAAUCUCCUUAAUAGCACUCUAAACUACUCGUCUAUUGUAUUGACAAUAUUCAAUAGGUUUUAUCGACUAUGAUGUUUUUCUUUUGUUUUUAAAUUCAUACGGGAGAAUAUUCGUGCGUCGUGACUGCGAAAACUUGUUGACGUAAUAAAUAAUCGGAGUACUGUUUACAUAUACGCAAGAGGCUUUAAAAAAAAAACUGACUGUCGAUGGCCAAGUGGGGUAGGUAAGUCACUCGCUUGAUGAACGAAAACGUCUCGCAUGACGUUUUGUUCCUCGCAGCGAGCUUUCCUUCGUUUCUUAGAAUCGUUGCGUAUCCUCGCUCCUUGCCCCCUGUGUCAUCUUGAUCUCUCGCUCAAAAGCUCUUCCCCUGCGCUAUAACGGAUCCUCCUCCCUCUCCUCCUCCUCUUUGUCCCUUCUCCCCUCCGUCAGGGUUGCAAGAGAAGAGCAUCAUUUGCGAGAUGCUUUGUAUUUUGAUCGCCUAAUGACUCUUUCUAUGUUGCAUAUAACAGUAAAAAGUGCGAAGGAACAUUAUCACCUCGCGAAUCUUUCCAUUACAGAUAUCAAAAUAUCACGUUUCAUGUACAAAAGAAAAAAGAGUUUUUGUAUCGCCGAUGUAUAUACGGCCGGCAUGUCCUUCUCGCUCUUUCUGCUGGAAAUUCGAUCUGCAUCGGAUACAUAUUCGCUUAACGUGCGCGAUUCGCGUCAGCGAUGAAUUUUUCACCAGUUUACAGCCGAACGUGCGCACGGCAGGCUGUCAAUCAGUCUUUGUCAGGUGUAUACGAGACGCGCGAUCAAAAUACGACGAAGCAACGUGCAAAACUUGCAACCCGACUCGGUCGCAUCGGAGGACGCAUAUUUAUUCGAUCGACCGUACGUCGUAAUGUUUGUAAAUUUUGCUUUGUAAGACUGUGUACAUAUAUACAUAAAUAUAUAUACGCGAUAAAGCGCAUGUUAAUUAUGGACUUACAGAUUUAAAGUUACAUUUAUAUAGCUAAUAGAGAAUCGCAUCGAGAGACGCGCACGUCGGAAAUAUUGAAUGAAGAAGUAUUUCGUCGAUAAAGACGAAGCGACAUAUACGAAACUCAUUACACGCUGCUCUCGCUUUUGAAUUAUCCCUUGGAACUCUUUUUUUUAAGUACGUCGCGUGCUCGUAUCGCAAUCAGCACUUUUUAAUAGCACGCCGAAAACCGCCGCGCGUCACUUUCAUCACGUGAAAAUACGUGCAUUAGUAUAUCGCGAAACGUCUAUAUAUGUCUAGAUAGUACCUAAAUAUAACACAUACUACACGAAUUAGCUAUUGAGAUACGGUGUAUCUUAAUUAUUCUUGCUUUAAAUAUUUGUAUCUAGGUACUCUAUAUCUGCUACGAGAUAUCGUAACAUGUAUCAUGUAUAUUGCCAUAUCACGAGUGUAUAUAAUUGUAUAUUUAUCGUACAAAAAUACAUCUUAUCGCGAAUAUUGAAAUCGGCCAAGAUAUUGUGAAAGAGAUAGCCUACUUUCUUAUAUAACUCAUAUUUAUUCAGUUUAGAUUUGAUUUACAACAGCAUUAGCCUGCAACGUCGCAACGUUUAACACUUUUAAUUAAUAUUAUAUAAAUGUCAAGAUUGUAUUUCAGAAUUUUUAAUGAUUAUAUUUUAUAUUUGAGUGCUAUUUUGAGAAAUAUAUGUAUCAUCAUAUAGAGAAAAAUGCAUAUUUCUAUCAUAUAUCCGUACGUUUUGUACCUAGAUACAAAAAAUGCGUUGAAAGUGUGUAUAAACUAAGUGAACAUUAUUGUCCAUAAUUAUUAGUAAAAAACGAACAUACACAAAUAUAUUGUGCAUGUGUGUGUCUAUGCAAAUGAGAAAUAGUAGAAAAAAAUAUUAAUUGAUAUUUUUGAGGUAUAAUAUAGCAUUGAUUUAUAAUAAUUCGCAGAUUAUUCUCUUCUUAAUCAAUUUAUAUUUUAGUAAUCAAUCAAUAUAAUGAAAACAUAUUAACUAUUAUAUGAAUAAUAACCAAAUAUGUUCCUGGCAAGUAAAAGCAGUUUGUUUUUAAGUAUAAAAGCGUAAAACAAAAACAUAUCCUAUAUUCCAUAUGAAAAUUUUAUUCUUUAAUCAUUGACUUUAUUAUUCACACAUUCUGUUUGUAUAUAUGUAUUUAUUGAAACAAGAUGUGUAUUGAAUAUAACUAAUGUGUCCGAAGAUACUUUCUAACAAGAGUUCUUCACUGAACGAUUAACAGCAAAGUAUGUUCGCUUAAUCUGUACGUGCUUUUGACCGUACACGGAGAAAAUAUAAUAAAAAUUAUAAUAUAAUUUUUGUAAUCGUGGAACAUACUAACAUAUAAGAAAAAUCACGAUAUUUUUAUUCAAUAAUGAUAUUAUAUACGUAUUAUAUUUUACAAGGAAAUAUAAUUAUUCAAAUUUUGACGCACACACAGAUGCAUAAUCGUUAACAAACAAUAAAAUAAAUGCGUAAUUUACAAUUUUUAUAAUAAUAAAUAUACUAUCAUUAUAUUUCAACUUUACAAUAAAUGUUGUGAAAGGGAAUAUAAUUUGUACUGUAAAAUUUUCUCCGUGUACAUAUAUGCAGCGAAGAAAAAAGAGAACGAAAAAAUAUAUCGUUCUUCCCGAUUGAUUAGAAUAUACAUAAUUAUCAGCUCAUACAGUGUCAUCCUGUUGUUUUCCAUUAAAAUAAAAUCAAACACCGCGAAACGAUCGAGAGUGAAGCGAAGUAGCAACUCUAAACGCGAAGAAGUGAGCGACCUACUCCAAGGAUCAGCCAGAAAAAAAAAUUCUAUAACUAUAUACGUAUUCUAAGGACUACGUGUCUAACAAUAAGUAUGUAUGUAACUCUGUAAGUUGUGUGUCAGCACAAUCGCGUGGGACAAUAGUGAUCUAAUCGAAUACGGUAUUAGACGAUUCAGCAAAGAUUGAGGAAGAAUCGGAGUAUACUCUCUCCCUCCCCCCUCCUCCCCGCCGAGAAUCUAGUCUCUUAUAUAGCGCGUAAUUUAUAAAAUAUUAUCAACGUGAAAAAAAAGUGCGAUGUACGUUGCCUUUCGCCUGAUGAUAAUACGUAUCUUUCGAAUGCUGUCGCGAUCAUGAUGCGUCAAGCUUGAUGUACAUAUAAUGGACCCUUAACUGCUAUGGUGUAAAACGAAUCAUAUAUCCGGACGUUUCUACAUAAUUGUGCAAAAAAAAAAAAGAAAAUGAUGAUAUAACCGUAAGAAUGAGACGAUCUCUUCGUCUCAUUAUAUUAUAUAAGGGCAACGAACAAUGCUUUCGUUUUAAUAACAAUAUAGUAACAUUUAUGAAAUUAUUUAAAAAAUAAUAAAAAUAUAUAAACGUAUCUAGUCUCAUAUAUCAUACCGUAAGAUUCCACCAUAUUAGUUAAGGGUUGAAUAGUUUUUGAACCGAUUGUAAAAAAACAUUUUGUCCUAUCGACAUUUAAUAGCCGGAAUUUCUUAUGGAUUUCGUAACUUAAUCUAGAUCUAUUUGACACUUUAAAAGAAAAGCACUUUUUAUAUAAAAGAAUUACAAAACUGAAUUUCAGAAAGCAGUCUUAAUCGCUUUAUUUUACGAUGUGAAAUAUACGGACACUGUUUUCUACAAUCGGUUCUCAUGCCUUGAAAGCGACUCUUGAUAGUAUAUACUCUUCAAUGAGUACAAAAUUGAGAGAGUAAACUUUCAGUAAUGAUUCACUUGAGAGUUUUGCUUUUUGAAAGAUAUUAUAUAGCUCUCGAGUGUAUGCUAAAGUUUGUACUCGUAUCUCAUAUUUGACACUUUGUUCGUCUAAUUCUCAUAUACGCGGAUACAAUCAAGAUUUAUAUUGCGAUAUUAAAUGUGAGGCUGCAUUUCCCGACAAUGUCAUAUAAUUUUAUAAUCGCUUUCAUCAUCGCAAACUGUUAAAUUGUAUUACAAUUAUCCUGAUUUUAUAUAAUCUUCUAUGCGAGAUAAAUAAACCGGACUUAGUGCCAAGUGUGUGGUGCGGGUAUACCUAGUCUUCCGGUGUCGGAAGCUAAUGUAACGCUUUGUAUAUUCCUUUCUAUCUCUUUCUCUUGAGAUGAACGCGGAAAAGCGAGAACUUAUCGAUGAAUUCAACGGUGAGAAUCUACGAUAAUCGCGAUCAUAUCCGAAUAUCAAGCGAAAAAUAGACGCGCGCUAAUCGUCGUAAUUAUUAUCUAGUGAAUUUGAUAUAAGAGCACCCCAUCGGUGAUUAUCAUGAUGCCAUAGCGUUUACUUAGUCUUAUUGAGAGUGAUCGGAGUCAGUGGCUUGUAUGUUAGUAUAUAUCGUUGCGUGACACAAAUACCUAAACACAUAUAAUACGCACACGUAUGUAUUAGACGAGAUAUCGUGUAUAUUCUGCACUUCCGAUUCCACAUCAUUCCGAUGAAAAAAAUCGCGCUUUUAUAGUCAUCGACAUACGCUUACUGCAAAACAAGACGUCUAAAUAUAUUUGCAAAUCAUUUGUAAAUUAUUUUUUCAAUGUAAGCCAGUAUUCCUGGAUUUUUGCUAUUGCUGGUAAAAAAUCUGGGUCAAAUUGUCACAACGUUUCUCUUUCGCGUAUAACUAUUUUUCUUACAUUGUUUAUUCUUGCUUUCUUUUUUUUUCUUUGAUAAAGAAAAUUAUCAUAUUACUUAUAUAAAGAGCGCGAGAAAUAAUCAAAUAAUACUUGAUCAAGCACUCGGGAAUCAUUGGUAAUCUUCUUCCACGUCCGUAUAUUUUUUUCACAAAAGUACUCGAUUUUAUGCGAAAAUUUCUGUCUCCGCGAUCAAUGUCUUUUAUAGAAUUCCUCCACUCUUUCUUGUCGAUUAGAAGCAAUAGAUACAUCGCGUAAAAAGAAUCCAUCACUGACUCCGCGCAUACACACAUUCCUCAGACACCCCAUUUAUAUAAUAAGUGUGAUAAAUGCGGAACUGAAGAUAGAAAAAAAAAGACGAAAGCGAUAAUUAGUAGUUACUAACUGUACGCUUCGCGACGAUGACGCUCGAGCGACGUCGUCGGCGAACGGAUGGCUGACGAUGACGAUGAUAAUCGACGAUCUACGACGACGACAAUAUUCGACGUAAUACAUAUAUGCAAAAAGUUCUUUGUCUUGGAUGUAAUUUUGAAAGAAAUUGAUUACACUAGUGUACAGAAGUCUGUCAACCAUUCCAUCAGUUGAUGAGAUGAGACGAGACGAGACGAGACGAGAAGCAAAGCAGAGGCAAAAUUUUGUUUAUGUUUUCAAGUACAAUGACGCAUGUCAUUUUUAAAAUCCUAGCAAAAGAGUUCGUCUCCAAACAGUUUUAAAUCUAUAUCUUCAAAAUUUCGAAUUUUGAAUUAUACCAGAGAAGAGAAGCUCUUUAAUUACGAAUGUUAUUAAAGAGCUCUUCUUCUCGAGUUUGGUAUAAUUCAAAAUUCGAAAUGACGAUUAAGCCGAACAAAUUAGUUGUUUACUUGAGAAGAUUCACUCAUGUUCGCGGAAUCUUCGCACUCUAAUAAAUAAUCAAAUAAAUUUCGCCUUUAGCCUUUCGUCACCAUUUGUCAAAUCGUUGCGUCAAAAGAGAUCGUCAUUUUCCUUGAUUUCGAAAGAGACAUUUUGUACAAGCAUUGUAUCAAUACGUAAUAUCGGAAGCAAUCGAAAAUGACGUUUAAAGAUUAGUUUUCCAAUACUUUAUGGGAAUAAACUCAUGAUAUAUGGUAAUACUUUAUCUUAAAAAUGGUACAAUUAUUUUUCUUUACUUUUUAUAAUUAUGUGCUCGGAAUUAAAGAAAUAUCAAAAAAUCAUAUAAAAAGCAUGGUUUUGUGUAUAAAGGAUAAUUUAUAUUUAUCAUUGCUUGAAAUAUAUCUUAGUAUUUUAAUUAAUUUAUUUUUUUCUAUCUUAGUGUCAGAUAUUGAUGAGUAGAAGAUUAAAGAAGCGUCGAUAUACAAGAAAAAUAGGAAAUUAAAUUUUUUUUCUUAAAGAAUAUUUUAUUUUUUUAAUAAAAGGAUUAUAUUUUUUUCUUCAACGUAUCACCAUUUAUUACAAGUUUAUUCAUUAAUAAGACGAUGCAAAAGUCUCUGAAACAUCUCGUUCGAAAACUAGAGGACAAUCUUUUAUAUUCUCAUUAAUGAAAUUAUUAUCACGACUUCUAUGAUUAUACUCUAUUACUAUUGUUACCUGUAUUACUAUCAUUAUAUUAUUAUCAUCGUUGCUGUUGCUGUUAUUGUUACUAAGAUUGUUACUCCUGUUGUCAUCGCCGCGUGUCGAUCGCGUGUCGAUUCUGAAAAUACAAAAUACGUUGUUUAUGUCAUCGUCAUCAUCGUCAUCAUCGUCGUCAUCGUCGACAUCAAUGUCGGCGUCGCCGAUACGCUAAUUAUAACAAUAAGAUACGACUAUCGCCUACUCAAUGUACAAUAUUGUAGUAUUUAUCUGUUGUUACCAUCAAAAUCGUCAUCAAAGAUAUAUAAAAAUAUUGUAAUUGUAACAUAUCGAGCUUCUCGUAUCACUAAGCCCUCUUUCCUUAAACUGGCCGUAUUCUCUCUCAUUCAUAUCUGUUAUAAACGAAUUCACAUGUUUAAUCGGCGGUCUACUUCUUCGAGAUUUGUGUUUCCUUUUGUGCUAGAGUUUAUAUGAAAAAAGAAAAAAAUGGAUAUUAAUAUAUAAACUGACGUAUAUAAUACCAAUCUACGUAAAAUAAAUCUAAGGUAUGUAAUUAUGCACAAUUACAGCAUUAAAGAUAGAACUUUCGUUUAA